GUGUUGAGGCAAUAAUUGUCCACCCAGUAUCUUCCUGAAUAACUAAUCCCUCUCUUCACCUGGCUUCUUCUUCCACUUUCAGGCCUCACAACUUUUUACUUCUUUUUCUCAUUUAUUAUGGCUGUUGACCUACACGACCGUGCCUUAUUCAUCCCUUCUUCUCAAGAUCAUCACUUUGAUGCCCUGCAAAACAACAACAACAAACGUUACUUAUUUGCCUCGUCUGAGUCUGGCACAGAGCUGAGUUCACCCACUGGUUCCGAUCACCUCAAUUCCACCACCACGGAGAGCAUGAGGAGGAAGAAGACUGUUUUAUUGAUGAGCUCACUCGCCAGAUGGCUCACUACAUGUUUCAGGAUGAAGAUAAACAUGAAAAGUCAUCUGGUUCUCCUGAUGAUGGAAAAUUUGAAACUGUGAAAACAAAUGAAGAAACAGGAACAUAUGGCCAUGGGUUUCAAUCAAAACAAGCACUUAUCGAUGAACAAAUAAGAGCUAUUCAGCAGUUUUACAAGCUGAAACAAGAACAACCAACGAAGCAGAAGCAACAAAAGCCGAGGACCAAGCAUCAUCAAAGCAAAGGGAAAAUCCUUGGUGGGUUUAACAAUGGCUAUCACCUUCCCAAUAACCCUAAUACUCCAUGGUAUACUCUACAGCAACAAAGCAAGCAACAAACCGGUUCUGUUAUGAAGGCGGUUUUCCUUACCGGAUCCGGCUCGAGAAACGGUUCUUCUGGAACCGGUGUGUUCUUGCCUCGUGGAACUGGAGGCACUCCUUGCAACUCACGCACGAAACAAGGGUGUGCUACUGUGCUGAUUCCCGCGAGAGUUGUUCAGGCCCUAAAGCUCCACUUCGAGAAAACAGGGGUUCCAUCAAGAUUUAAUACUGUAGAUUUUAACAAAGGUUCCGACAGCAUGAAUUCGUCGCAAGAGGGUCAGUCUGGGGCGGUGCCGGGUACGAGCCACCAUGAAGAAGUGAGUCUACCUCAAGAAUGGACUUAUUAAGAAAGCCUUGUUGUGUGGAUUGUAUUUGAUUUGUAAUUGUUGAAUGGAAGGGAACAAAGAAGAAUAAAGAGGAAGGAAACAAAAGGACAGAUAAGAUGGUGGUAAAAUGGAUAUAGGGAAUCUAGGGAGAAUAGGACACAUGUAAAAUAAAAAGUGUAGGUGGAGUCUUUGUAUACCUUCCUCUACCAUUGCUGGCUGCAGAUUUGGCUUUUACUCCUUUUAUAAAUUACUUGUAAUAAAAAUCAGCUAUCAGCACUAUAAGAAUUUACUUUCCUUUUUCA